UUGUGUCCCAGUUUAUUGUUGGAGCGGCGCUGGGAGGAUACAGGAUGAACUCGAUAGUGUUGGCUACAGAAUGGAUUGGGAUCACCAAAAGGUCCCUUGCCUCCUGUGUGAGCCAGGUGUUUGGGAGUUUCGGACAGUGUGCGGUGGCCGGGCUGGUCUACUUCAUCCGUGACUGGAGGAAAGCGCAGUACGUGAUGGCAGGGGCAGAGGCRGUGGUGUUCCUCUACAUAUGGUGGAUUCCCGAAUCGGCCCGGUGGCUCCUGGGGCAGGGAAGACCAGAGGAAGCCAAGGAGCUGAUCCGAAAAGCUGCAGCGAUCAAUAAAAAGGAAAUCCCAGAGAACCUGCUUGACAAGGUAAGCGAGGAGAAAAAAGUGGAAAGUGGAGGAAUCAAAACAAUUUUUACCUCAGCGGUGCUGAUUAAAUAUUUCUUCAUCAUAUCCUUUGCCUGGUUUUCGUUGAACCUGGGCUACUUCUGCCUCGUUCUGAACGUGGGCAAGUUUGGUCUGGACAUCUUCCUGGUCCAGUUUCUGUUCGGGAUUUCUGAGGUGCCGGCACAUCUCCUCUGCAUCUGGUUUUUAGAGUUUUUGGGACGGAAAAAAUCACUGUUAUCGACUCUCCUCAUAGCGGGGGUCGUUUGCCUUCUAACCCUGGCUUGUCCUCAAGACAGCGCUGUAGCCGUGACAACCCUGGUUACCAUAGGGAAGUUCUUCUUGAACUGGGCCGGCUCAGUGUGUUUGGUUUACAUUCAAGAACUGUUUCCUACUUCUAUCAGGCAAACUGCAGUGUCUUUGGGCUCCAUUGCCUUUCGAGUUGCAGGGUUGCUGUCGCCGUUGCUCAACAUGCUGGCUGUGUACCACCGCUCCAUUCCCAUCAUAGUCUUUAGCAGCCUGGCUGUGCUAAGCGGAGCGCUGGUCUUCCUGCUUCCUGAGACCAGCAGGAAAGAUCUUCCUGAUUCAACCACUGAUGGCAAGAGCAACGGGGAUUUGACCAACGAGAAGACUGGAAGUGGCAUCUUCGUGGCUGAAAUCCACACCAGAAAAUCAACCAAACUCUAACUGAAACAGAAAACCUUUUUUUAAUUUGUAUUUUUUUUUGUUGUUGCUUUUUUUGGAUCCUAAGUUUGAGCCUCAGACCUACGAACUGGGAGAUGAUGACUCGGAAAACGGUUGUUCUGCCGCMUGCUGAACGGACAUGUUUUGUGUAACGGGCGAGCAAUCUGUUCUCCAUG